AUGUUUUCGUCACUCGACAGUCGGCUUGAGAAGGCACUUGAUGAGUUGCAACUUACUCAGCUGUUCCCGGUGCAAAGGAGCGUACUUAGCCGCGCUUAUGCAGGCAGAUUUGAACGAGACUUGUGCGUCUCGGCUCCAACAGGAAGUGGAAAGACUCUGGCAUACAUGUUACCACUAAUUCAUAUUCUAUCAAAGCGCACUUCAACAGAGAAGACGCUUGGUUUGAUUGUUCUCCCCAGCUCUGACCUCGCCACACAGGUAUGCAGUGUCGCUGGUCAUUUCUGCGCAAAAGUUGGUGUAUGUGUAAGGGUGACAGGGGUGAGAGGGACUCUACCGAACUGUGAUUCACUACGUGUAAGUCGCCGGGCGCCGAAGCGUCGUUUUAUCCGUCGAAUGCAAGCUACAGCAAGUCACAGCAAGUCACAGCGAAGUGUACCCUCCACCCCACAAAUACUCGUGACAACUCCUGGGGGAUUGGUUGCUCAUAGAGCGGCGAUCGAAACUAUUGAAUUUUUGGUUAUAGAUGAGGCAGAUAAAAUAUUGCAGCAGUCCCAUCAAAACUUUCUCGCGACGUUGAACUCGGGGUUGCAACGGAGGCGAGAAGUUGAUAGCGUGUUUGUGGGUGAGAGACACUCAAAUCGACUGCAAAUUCUACUGUGUUCAGCAACACUGAAAAAAACCGACCUUCAUAUGAUUCGAAUCUUCGCACCGGAUCAAGUCAGAAUUUACAAAAGUCAAGUCGCAGAUCUUCCCAGUUGCAUCUCAGAAUUCGUUGUGUUCAGCGAAGCUGGUGAUAAGUUUGCAGCACUUUUGUCAAUAUUGAAAGCAUGUUCAAGCAGCAAAAUGGUAAUUUUGUGUGCAUCAGCUACGCGAGCAAGGCAUCUUUAUGAUCAGUUGCAUCAGAUCGGUUCGUUUACGUGCUUUGAAUACAGUAGCAUGGCCUCUCAACAGCAUCGAGCCCAGUCACUGAGCGCUUUUCAGAAAUGUAGGCGAGGUAUUUUGGUGGCAACAGACGCAGCCACCCGCGGGUUAGAUAUCGAGGGUGUAUCGAUCGUUGUUUCGUUCGACCAAGCCGAGCAUUUUCAGACGUAUUUGCAUCGAGCUGGUAGAACAGGCAGAGCAGGUAACCGCGGUAUCUGCGUUACUACAUGCUCAACAGGAGAAGAUGCGAAGUCGUUUUCGAACUCUUUCGGACGACCUGGUCGUUUACUGUCUUGCCACGAAGCAAAUAGUUUAGAGCCAUUAGCUUGUACGAUAUAG